AUGUUCUCCUUAAACAAUAGCACUAUCUUGAAAAAUUCUCUGUCUGGGGUUUCAAAAGGAUGGGGGCAGCAGCCACCCAGAAAAAUUUCAGGGCCUGCGCUGGUAGUAGUGGCGGCGGCCGUCGGCUCCAAUGGCAGACCUGGGGAUCGCAACGUCAGCGUUUUGGUCGACAACACUGUGAAGGAGAUUCGGGAGGUUUCUCCGGUGGUCGAGAAGGAGUCCAAAACAACCGUCAGCGGCGGAGUCGGUGACGUGUAUGGGGAGGAUACUGCGACCGAGGAUCAGUCAAUCACCCCUUGGACUGUCUCUGUUGCCAGUGGAUAUCCAUUGUUGCGUGAUCCUCACUUCAAUAAAGGUCUUGCUUUUACUGAGAAAGAAAAGGAUGCCCACUACUUGCGUGGUCUUCUUCCACCAGUGGUUGUCAGCCAAGAAAUUCAGGUUAAAAAGAUGAUGGCAAAUAUUCGUCAGUAUCAAGUACCACUACAGCGUUACAUGGCGAUGAUGGAUCUUCAGGAAAGAAAUGAGAGGCUGUUCUACAAGCUUCUCAUAGACAAUGUUGAGGAACUACUCCCAGUUGUUUACACUCCAACUGUGGGUGAGGCAUGCCAGAAAUAUGGGAGUAUAUUCAGGCAACCACAGGGCCUCUUUAUAAGUUUGAAGGAAAAAGGAAAAAUUCUUGAGGUGCUCAAGAAUUGGCCUCAGCAGAAAAUUCAAGUAAUUUGUGUCACCGAUGGUGAACGAAUCUUGGGGCUUGGUGAUCUUGGCUGCCAGGGAAUGGGGAUACCUGUAGGGAAGCUGUCCUUGUACACUGCUCUCGGGGGCAUUCGUCCCUCAGCUUGUUUGCCAGUAACAAUUGAUGUGGGCACAAACAAUGAAGACUUGUUGAAGGAUGACUUUUACAUUGGUCUGAGGCAAAGACGAGCAACCGGGCAGGAAUAUGCUGAACUCUUAGACGAAUUUAUGUCUGCUGUCAAGCAGAGCUAUGGGGAAAAAGUUCUCAUUCAGUUUGAAGACUUUGCUAAUCACAAUGCUUUCGAUCUUCUUGCAAAAUAUGGUUCCACGCACCUUGUUUUCAAUGACGAUAUUCAGGGAACAGCGUCAGUGGUCCUUGCUGGACUUAUUGCUGCAUUGAAGUUAGUUGGAGGGACCUUAGCAGAGCAUACCUUUUUGUUUCUUGGAGCAGGGGAGGCUGGCACUGGUAUUGCAGAGCUUAUAGCCCUUGAGAUGUCAAAGCAGACUGGAGCCCCUGUGGAGGAGACUCGAAGGAAAAUUUGGAUGGUGGACUCAAAGGGUUUGAUUAUUCGGUCUCGCAUGGAAUCACUUCAACAUUUUAAGAGGCCCUGGGCUCAUGAGCACGAAGCUGUUGGAAAUUUGGUGGAUGCUGUUAAGGCAAUCAAGCCAACAGUACUGAUAGGUUCAUCCGGAGCCGGAAGAACGUUCACCAAAGAAGUUGUCCAAGCUAUGUCAUCCUUCAAUGAGAAACCCAUCAUACUUGCGCUAUCUAAUCCUACUUCACAAUCUGAGUGCACCGCUGAAGAAGCUUAUAUGUGGAGUGAGGGUCGUGCCAUUUUUGCUACUGGUAGCCCAUUUGGUCCAGUUGAAUAUAAUGGGAAGAUCUAUGCUUCAGGCCAGGCAAAUAAUGCUUAUAUCUUCCCUGGGCUUGGGCUUGGUUUGAUAAUUUCUGGUGCUAUCCGUGUCCAUGAUGAUAUGCUACUGGCAGCAUCGGAAGCUCUGGCGGAGCAGGUUUCUGAUGAGAACCUCGAGAAGGGACUCAUUUACCCUCCAUUCUCCAACAUAAGAAAGAUUUCUGCUCGAAUUGCUGCUCGUGUAGCUGCCAAAGUGUAUGAGCUUGGGUUGGCAACACGACUACCCCAGCCAGAAAAUUUGGUUGCAUAUGCUGAGAGCUGCAUGUAUAGCCCUGCUUAUAGAAGCUACCGCUGA